AUGCCAUCUCGAAAAUUAUCAUCAUCUCAAAACAAAACAUCAGCAAAUAAACAAACAUCAGUUAAGAAAUCAUCUAACAAAUCUAAGAAGUCAGCUGCGCAUACCAAAAGUUCUACAGCUCCUAAAGUCAAAAAUGUAUGGCGAUCGGAAGAAGACAAAAUCUUGGUUGAUAAAAUUUUAGAAGAUAUGCCAAGUCCCUCUUGGUCAAAAAUUUCUCAUUGUUUAAAAGAUAGAAAUCCUAACGCUUGUUUGGUUCGUUGGAAAACAUUAAAGAAAAGAUUAUAUCAAAGCAGUCAAUAA